UAAUUAGCUCACCAUAAAUUACCAGAGUCUAGGAAAAAUCUAAUAAGAAGCCAAAACACAGUUAACAGAUAUAGGCUUUUUGUGUUUGUCUUAAUACCCUUAUUAUGAAAAUGGCUGGGAAGUUUGGGCUCUUUCUGAGAAUGUUUUGCAGAGUGUUUUUGAUUAGUUGCUUGCUAAUUGGAGGAAUAGCCUGUUCCCCUGCACCAACAGACAGUGGCAACAACUAUAUUCUUCAAGCGUCACCUAAAGCCACCAGCAUCUCAAGUGUGAUGACUGGUCCAAAUAACCCUGGUGUUACACCAGCUACUCCGCCUCCGCAGAAUAGCUCAGCUACAACCAGCUUUAAUUCCCCAGUAUUAUCAAAUGGCUCCCAUGACUCAACAGAAGUAGCAAGCAACCAUACUUCAGGAAUGGUGAUGCAGCAGCGUGAGCCAGUGGAGUCGGGUCCCCGGGCCUCUGCCGGGGCGUCGUCGUCUGUUCCCCGGGCCUCUGGCGGGGCGUCGUCGUCGUCUGUUCCCCGGGCCUCUGGCGGGGCGUCGUCGUCGUCUGUUCCCCGGGUCUCUGCCGGGGCGGCGUCGUCGUCUGAUGCCCGGGCCUCUGCCGGGGCUUCGUCGGCGUCUGAUGCCCGGGCCUCUGCCGGGGCUUCGUCGGCGUCUGAUGCCCGGGCCUCUGCCGGGGCUUCGUCGGCGUCUGAUGCCCGGGCCUCUGCCGGGGCUUCGUCGGCGUCUGAUGCCCGGGCAUCUGCCGGGGCUUCGUCGGCGUCUGAUGCCCGGGCCUCUGCCGGGGCUUCGUCGGCGUCUGGUGCCCGGGCCUCUGCCGGGGCGGUGGCGAAAAGCUGAUAACUGCAUAAUCUACCAAAUGUAUUUGUUACCCAAAUAAAUGGCUUUAUUUCAGCUAUCAGGUGGCUAAGACUUUUGCAAUGAAUAAAAGCAGUGAUUGAAACUAAA